AUGUCGGGUGCUCCAAGCCGCCGCGCCCUCUGGAACGGGGUCAGCGAUGGGGAGUCUGGCAGCGCUGACCGAGCUGUGUCUGCGAGAUCGCUGUCCUGUCCAUUAAAGCGUGGUGGUGGAGAUGCCGGAGGCCUCGUCUUGGAUUUGGGGGGGGCGAGUGGGGGGUUCCUACCCCUUGAUGCUGUGGGGAGAGGGGGCAGAGCCGAGCGGCUCCGGCCCGCCGCCUCCGCCUCCUUCCGUGUUCCGGUUCCUGCAGCCGCCGGGCAGGAUGCGACCGGCCCCGGCUGCCCGCCAGCCGCCCGCCCAGCCAUGGGCAGCCACGAGAAGGACUCGUCCUCUCCAAAAAGGGCCCUGUCGCGCUCCAACAGCACCGUGUCUUCCAAGCACAGCAGCGUUCAGCAGGGCUCGGAGAGCUGGGAGGUGGUGGAGGAGCCGCGGACGCAGGGCAGCCCGGGCCAGGAGCCGCAGCGGCAUGAGGGGUACUUGCUCAAGAAGAGAAAAUGGCCCCUAAAGGGCUGGCACAAGAGGUACUUCGUGCUGGAAAAUGGUAUCCUGAAAUAUGCCACCACACGCCAGGACGUCCUCAAGGGCAAACUGCAUGGAGCCAUCGACAUCCGUCAGUCCGUCAUGUCUGUCAACAAGAAGGCGCAGCGGGUUGACCUAGACACGGAGGAGAACAUCUACCACCUCAAGAUCAAGUCCCCAGAGCUCUUCGCCAGCUGGGUGAGCAGCCUCUGCUCCCAUCACCAGGGCGAGAGGCCCGAGCCCUGCCCCAGGGGGGGUCCCAUGGGGAGGACCCCCACCAACGCGCAGGGCCAGUGGACACGGAUCCUGCCCUCGGGCAGUGCCCCUGCCCUCUCCACCCUCGCCAGCUCCCGGGACAAGGUGAACGCCUGGCUGAAGGACAGCGAGGGGCUGGAGCGCUGCUCGGCUGAGCUGUCGGAGUGCCAGGCGAAGCUGCAGGAGCUGACUGGCAUGCUGCAGAGCCUGGAGGCCCUGCACCGCAUCCCCUCGGCCCCUCUCAUCUCCGGCAGUCAGCCCUCAGCCGCUGCGGAGAGGCCAAAGAAGGGCAGGAGGACCACCAAGAUCUGGUGCACCCAAAGCUUCGCCAAGGAUGACACUAUCGGCAGGGUGGGCCGCCUGCACGGCUCCGUCCCCAACCUCUCGCGCUACCUGGAGCCGUCCCAGAGCCAGCUGCCCUUCAGCCUCCCCCCCGAGUACAGCCAGCUGCAGAGGAGCUUCUGGGUCCUGGCCCAGAAAGUGCACGGCUCGCUCAGCAGCGUGGUAGCUGCGCUGACGGCUGAGAGGGCCCGUCUGGAGGAGAUGCGGCAGGCGCUGGACCGACAACGCUCAACCCCGCGCCCGGGAAGUGCCGGCAACGCCGGGGCUGCCCUGCGCCGCUUCCACUCCCUCUCCGUCUCCUCCGACACCACCCUGGACUCCUUCGCCUCGCUGCACCCCGACGAGGCACGGUACUGGGGCGCGGGGGCCAACGAGGUGCAGGGGGUCGUGCUGAGCCGCAGCGGGACGGUGGUGGAGCGCCUGGCCGGCAAGUGGCACGAGGGGCUGCACCGCGGGCCUGCGCCAGGGCAGUGUGUCUGGAGAGCCAACCCCAUGCCCCGCGACCACGAGAGAAACUACGGCUUCACCCAGUUUGCCCUGGAGCUGAACGAGCUCACGCCCGAGCUGCGGCGGGUCCUGCCUUCCACCGACACCCGCCUGCGCCCCGACCAGCGGUACCUGGAGGAAGGCAACGUGCCAGCGGCCGAGACGCAGAAGCGCCAGAUCGAGCAGCUGCAGCGGGACCGACGCCGCGUCAUGGAGGAGAACAACAUCACGCACCAGGCUCGCUUCUUCAGGCGGCUGACGGAUGCCAACGGCAAGGAGUCCUGGGUCACCAACAACACCUACUGGAAGCUGCGCCUGGAUCCCGGCUUCUCCCACCUGGACAGCGCGGUGCUCUGGUAGCGACCCCCCCCAUGGGGCACUGGGCCCCCCCC